AGCAGCCUCCAGAAGCAGGAGGAGCCCUCCCACCCUCGCUUGUAGCGUCACAUGCAUGUGGUAUAAAAGAGCCCCUUCUCCAGUCUACCACACCUGCUUCAAACAUCUGCUUGAACUCCAUCUGUGUGCUGAAUGAUUCAUUUCAAGCGUCUAUUUUUAAAGUCCUCGGAUGCGGAGCCAUGGGAACGCUUCCUCUUUUCACCACAGUAGAAUUCCUCGCCUUUUUUUCCCUAACCGGAAGAACUUGAACAACAUGACGACUGCUUCCACUGAUGCCAAACGCCGCUAAUCGACUUCAAUCCAAUAAAGGUGUCAAUGGACUGCCUGAACUUGACCAAUAAGACGGCGGUGGCCCGGCACUUGUAUGGCGCUCAGACCUCGGCACCUCUCACCCUCCUGGUGGGUGUCCUCAUCCUGCUGACCGUCUUCGGCAACGUCAUGGUGGUCAUCGCCGUGACCACAUGCCGUGCCCUCAGAGCCCCCCAGAAUUUAUUCCUGGUCUCUUUGGCGUGCGCCGACAUCCUGGUGGCUACCUCGGUGAUGCCCUUCUCCCUGGCCAAUGAACUGAUGGGUUACUGGUUCUUCGGCAAGGUGUGGUGUGAAAUCUACCUGGCGCUGGAUGUGUUUUUCUGCACGUCUUCCAUCGUCCACCUGUGCGCCAUAAGCCUGGACCGAUACUGGUCCAUCACACGGGCCGUCGAGUACAACUUGAGAAGGACGCCUCAGCGGAUCAAAUGCACCAUCUUGAUUGUUUGGGUGCUGGCAGCCAUUAUCUCCUUCCCGCCGCUGAUCACCAUGAAGAAGGACAAAGGCCAAGAGGACCGACCCGAAUGUAAAAUCAACGACGAGAAGUGGUACAUCGUUUUCUCCAGCACCGCUUCCUUCUUCGCGCCCUGCGCCAUCAUGGUCCUGGUCUACGUGAGGAUCUACCAGGUGGCCAAACAGAGGACAAGAGCCCCGCCGGGUGAAAGGUCACGAGAAAACGGACGCCCGGAGCGUGAGGACGGAGAGGUGAACGGGGAGCUGGCGGACGAAUCAUCAUCGGACGGCUACGAAGUAACCUUGUGUUCUCUGAAGAAGAGGCGACCCGCCCGGACGGCCGAGUGGGGUCGCGAGAAGCCCGGAGAAGCCGCCGAGAAGCCACAAGCCAACACCAGCCGCUGGAAAGGAAGACAGCACCGAGAGAGACGCUUCACGUUAGUGCUGGCCGUGGUGGUGGGAGUGUUCGUCCUCUGCUGGCUGCCCUUCUUCUUCACGUACACGCUCACGGCCGUGUGCGCCUGCUGCGUGCCCGAGACGCUCUUCAAGAUGUUCUUCUGGUUGGGAUACUGUAACAGCUCCCUCAACCCGCUCAUUUAUACCGUUUUCAAUAACGACUUCCGCAGGUCCUUUAAAAAGAUCCUCUGCAGAAAAACACAUGUUGAUUUAUAAGAGGACACAACUCUGGAAUGUGUGUUGAAAUUUCAACUCAUCGCUACUUAUUGUAUGUUUCAUCCGUCACUGUAAUUUGUUUAGGUUCUCUAGCACUUGUCACUUAAUGGGGAAUAAAUCCCCCAAAAAUAUUUGCAACACCAGAAAAUCCCAUCCCGUCAGCAACUCAUCCACAUUAUCUUAUCGAAGCUCAAAACCUUCAGGCUUCUGCUAGAAAGCAAAACAAAUGUGAAGAAAACCCCACGAGAAGCUCUGACAUUUAUUUGGGCAUAUUUCGAAAGCUCCUUCGGCGCUGACUCCCAUUUAACAGGAAUUGGAAUGCGAUUGGUUCAUUUUAAACAGCAUCAUCUCAGUUACACUAGGGUGUGCACACUUACGCAACCACAGUGGUUUGCUUUAAGACAUUCAGACAAUAUCCGCAA